GCUGGGACCAUAUUGUCCGAGGAGGAGGAUGCACCAUCCGCCAAAUGCUCUAAUAGCGAUACACUCAUUCAAACGUGAAGCGUUAGAGAUGCGGCGUCGUUGAACGGUUUGAUAUUUCCAGCGUAGACCAUUUAUAAAUGUGUGUCGCUGUGUGUUAAAUAGGAUUUGGCAGUGCAUAUCCUGUAUAGCCAAACGUACAGUGACUGCAAACACAAAAUGGGCUGGAUGUGCAUUUUUGGAGUGGAGUGAACCCGUUUUAUCGGCUACAAUUGGGGCUUGGUUCGAGGACUGGACUCGUCUCGUCUGGUUUCAUUCACUGGCAUUGGAUGGGAAGGGCUACGGAUGGACGUUAAAUAAAGGCUUAGGCUAAAUAUUUUCGGUUGAGCUCUCCAAAACAAAUUCCACUGCGCCGACUGACACCCGUUCUCUCUGUCCGCGCGCCCGGCGGGAUGCGGCUGCGCGUCGAGGAGCUCUCCAAGCUGUUGUGGUGCUGACGCGGCUCUGAGCGAACGCGACGCGAGGAUGGCUGCGGGGAAGUUGCUGCUCUACGCCGGUCUGUCUCUGUCUCUCUGCGCGCUCGGGAUGCUGGCCGUGGCUAUCUGCUCCGACCAUUGGUACGAGACGGACGCCCGGAGGUACCGAGAGCGGUGCCGAAGUUUCUCCAGCCGCCGGAAGGACCCGGGCUUUAUUUACAUCCCCAACAAUAGCCUCCCUCUGCGGGCGAGCCGCUCGCGCCUGGACCGCUGGGAGGAAAAGCUGCUGCUGGCACGGAACAGACGGCAGCUGUUCGCCAUGAGCGCCGCCGAUGAGUGCAGCAGGCAGUAUAACUCCACCAACAUGGGGCUGUGGAGCAAAUGCCAUCGGCUUGGAUUUGAUCAAGAUAUCGAGGACUUCAUUCGAAAAGGGUCCAUUGCAAGAUGCUCCUAUAUCAAGUACCACUACUCCUCGGCCACAAUACCCAAGAAUCUCUCUUACAACAUCACCAAGACCAUUCGUCAGGAUGAAUGGCACUCUCUGCAUCUGCGGAGGAUGACAGCAGGAUUUAUGGGAAUGGCGGUGGCCAUCAUCCUCUUCGGCUGGAUCAUUGGGAUGCUGGGAUGUUGCUGGGACCGUGGCCUCAUGCAGUAUGUGGCAGGUCUGCUCUUCCUCAUGGGCGGCACAUUUUGCAUCAUUUCCUUGUGCACCUGUGUAGCAGGCAUCAACUUUGAGCUGUCUCGUUACCCUCGCUACAUAUACGGCCUCCCAGACGACAUCAGUCACGGUUACGGCUGGUCAAUGUUCUGCGCCUGGGGUGGUUUGGGCCUGUCCCUCAUCGCCGGCUUCUUCUGCACGCUGGCGCCCUCCGUACAGCCGAUCCCUCGCUCCACGUGCCCCAAAUCCCGCCAAGAAAAUGGCACCGUGUGUUAAGGGAUGGUCUCUGAAAAUCCCCGAGCCUACGGGUGCAGCUGGACAAUGGGGGACAAAACACAUUUAAAAAAAAAAAAAAAGACCAUAACUGCAGAUUAAAAUCAUGUUCAUUUAGAAUCAUUUCUAAUCUCACCAACCAGGCCAUUUUUUAACCACGCGUGUGAAUCUACAACUGAGUGUCCUGAUCGUUUAAAAGAAAACAAAGACAAAAAAUGAAAAAAAAUAUCUCGGAUAAUUGUAAAGAUAUUAUCAGUGGGACUUUCCGUCGUCAAGAUCCAACACAGGAAAAUAGUCGUUCUUUCAAAGUUGUGACUUUGGUGAGCACAAGAAAUGGUGAUGAAUGAAGCAAAAAAACAGACAGUAUUGCUCAUUCUGAUGCUGCAAGGAUGGAUAUUAGACUGACGUCCAAAAACUGCCAAACCUGGAGACUAUGGUAUUUGUAUUGUUGCCAAUGUUUGAAGCCCAGGAGUUCGGACAAAUCUGGAGCACCACGACCAUGAGGCUCUUUCACAUGAGAGGACAACAACUUUGAUGCGAUUUGGAUCUGUUGUGGCUAAAUCCGCCGAUUUGUCUCGGACCUUGGGGACUAUCGCAAUGCCCCUUGGGAUGCAGCUAAGGGAUCCGUUCGUGCAUAAAUGAGGAAGAUUUCAGGAAACGGACAUGCCUGCUUGUGACGUUACGUUGCUAUUGCUGUACAGCAAAUUGUAAAGAGAAAAAUAAUACCUAUAAUAUUCCAGAAGAGAAAAGCAAACAAAUCCUAACGGGAAGGACAUUUUUUUUGAGCAUUUUCCAUGUUUCAUUUCUUAUUCAUGUCCAAAUGGUAUCAACGGACAUUUCUAACAUGCUUUCGAUUUUAUUAUGUGCUUCUUUCUUUGUUUUUUAGUAAUUACAGUCAUCAUGAGUGUGAAUGAGUGUGUAGGAAGUGUGCAAAUUCUUUAGCUACUAUCAAUAUAGUAUGUGUGAGAGAGUUUUGUGGUCUCCAUACGAAAAAAAAAAAAAAAAAAAGGAAACAUAAAAAGAAUAAUUCAUAAAAUCAAAAACCUGCCUUGGGGGAAAUCAGGUAGGCUUUUGUUGAACCAAGAAUUACUGGAAAGGAAAGAUGCCAUAUCCUGUUUUAGACGGUGAACACUUAGUCCCUGUAGACACGACUGACGUAGACAGAAAGACAACUCAACAUCACACUGUUACUGCCUUAAGCUUGUCUGGAAGGAGGCAUUUAUGCCAUUUGAUGGGAACGCAUGCUGACUUCUCUUCUGAAAGCAUCUAUGCGCUGACAAAAGAAAUCCUCAUUUGAAUCCAAAUUCCUGCUCUGUUUAACCAUGCGUCUCUUUACUUAAAGGGAACUCCCAAAACAGGAUGUGGUAUGUAAGUGCCUCGUGAUUACAUGAGACAGCAGUGGUGCACAAAAGAGGUACAUCUGUGGAAUCAUGACCUCGAAAUGGAGGACGGGCGGCAAGCACAAGCUUAACACAAUCUCUAAGCCGACAUGCGAUUGGUUCCCUCAAGCUGUUUCUCCUCACGCAUUCACUACACAAUCUGAAACUUUUUAUCCAUUUCACAUGCUAUAAAUGCAUAAAAAAAUAAAAAAAUGACUUGAGCAGCCAUAAAACAGCGUGCUAUGAUGGGGCACACGCGUCGAGGUCAUUGGUGAAUCGGUACACUCAUUCAUCCAUGCCAAAAACCUACUCUAGGAGAUUUAGCUUUGCCGCAAGACAAUGUUUACAGAUUUCUAGAAGGGAGAUUUGCCAAAAAAAGAAAAUACCUGCCAGGUUUCUUUCAUAGAUAGACUUUCUCGAUUCCACACAUUAGCAUGACGGCCAGCGGCUCAACUAGCAGUUAGCCUGGUGUCCAUUUAAGUCUGUCAUAUUACUGCUGUGCUAAGAAUGGGUGCUUACAUAUUUAAAGACUCCAUUAAAUAUUUGUUUAUUGACUUUGAAGCCGUAUAUGUGUACUCCUAAACAUUGACAAACCCAACUUUUAGCAGAUUUAACGGAACAUUGAAAGAUUCGCAGAUCAGGGAAUUGUGAUUUCCAGCUGUGGAAAAGUCAUGAAAGUCAGGAAAAGUCAUGGGAAAACCCAUGUAUAAUCCUUCCCUUUCCGACCCGAUUCGAUUCGAUUAAAGGGAUAACUCACCCAAACAUUUUAAUUCUGAAAGAAAUGGCGGGGGGCAAAAAGGAAAUCAAUGGCUACCAGCAAUUGUUUGGUUACUUACAUCCUGUGUGUUCAACAGAAGAAAAACUCAUAUUGGUUUGGUUUUUGGGUGAACUAUCCCUUUAACGGUUUCAGGGAUAUUUCAUUUUACUUGACGCUAAACAACCUAAAUCAUAAAUAUCACCUGCUUCCAAAUAGCAAUAGCAUCAUUGGUUGCACUGAUGCUCGUACUUUAGUUCUUUAACAACCAUUAACAGCUUGUUUGCGAAAGAAACUGCUGAAGUUCAUUCAUUUUGAGAGUUUUCAUUGCGUUCGUUUAUGAAACAAGCUGCCAACUGAAGUUUUGCAGAGCUGUGACAAACUAAAGGCCAUUUCAAAAUGAUCCAUCUCAGCACUGCUUCCAAAAUCAUUUCAUGGGAUCUUUCACCAUAAACACAGCCAACAGUUCACCAACAAUUCUCCUUCUCAGCUCUGCAUUGAUGAAAUGCGAGUCCAGCAGUCUUCAUGGGAAGCAUUUAGAAGAGGUUUCUGACAUAUUUAUGGGUGCUUUGGGUGAUUUGUGUGGCAGCAUUUGAGUAAAAAGACUUUGUUACAUGCUGACAAUGCAAUUGGCCAUGAAAUUACAUAAACAUCCAGAACUCCAUAAGACUUCUUCACACUUUCCAGAAGCAACAAAUCGACCAAACAAAGCCCACAAACUCUACAGUGCUUGAUUAUGUGCAUGCAACAGAAAACCGGCAUAAAUACACAAUAAACAAUCUGUUUUAGGGGCAUCUUGCAACAAGCCCAUCUGGUCUUAUAUAAGAUAGUGUUCCUUGACACACUUAGGAGGAAAAUAUGUAUUUCAGUCCACAGAUUACGCUCCUAGGCGAAGACAUAAAUGGGGUCAGUCGCUGGUUGUACACAACACUUUUCAAAUAAAACCAGUUCCACGGUCCUAUUUGCGAAAAAUUUAAUAUUUAAAAACGCACUCAAAUUCACUCCUUUCUUUCUUCAACAAGGCAAAGAGGGGUGUUCAAUCACAGAGUAUAAAGACAUCAAAGAGCACCGAAGGGCAGAUGCUCGCAUCAGACGCAAAGAAUAAACACUUUCAAUUACGGCUUAAUUGGCAUUCGGCCCAGACAGAGUCCAAGGCUGAAAGCAGGAAGUGAACUGUAUCUCAUAAGUUUUGUAUGGAUCAUAGUGAUGCUUAUAGUGAAAUACUUCAGUCGGUCUUAUAGAAUCUGUGGUAAUGAAUAAAAACGAACAGCCUAACUGUCACUUAGUGGGCAUUUUAAGGACUCCUUAAAGGAAGAUCAUGAAGCGUUGGGCAUGUAGGUAAUAUGGGCUCAGGAUCAGAUUCCUUUACACAAUCUACACAUUACAUUCACACAAAUGUGUUUACAUCACAGCCAACAGUUGUCAGCCUUUGUUCAGUUAUUUGUUGAGCGGGUGGGAUGGGAAACAUGAGCGGGAAUAUUUUUGUCUUCAAAACGUAAAAAUAAAAAUGAAAAAAGUAGCAGAAUCGGUGAAACUGCAGCUUUUUAAUGGGACACUGAAGCCUAAAGGUUUAUCGAAUCUUUUUCAUCAGUAAUGUGUCUGUUGAGUACCUGAAAAAAAUGAAUAAAACU